UGCAAACGCAACACAGGCGGGGCCGGAUUUGAACCCGCAACCUCAGAACCGUGAGGCGGAUGUGAUAACCAGUCGGCCGCCGAGUCGCCUCCUAUUGGCACCAAAAUUGCCACUAGUAGUUUUGCCGCACUUGUACGAUGUGGCUCUCAUACUCUCAUACUAGUUCUUGUCCAACUAGUGAGGACAAAAAGCCAUCCAUCCAUUUUCCUCCACUUAUCCGAGGUCGGGUCGCGGGGGCAGUAGCUUGAGCAGGGACGCCCAGACUUCCCUCUCCCCAGCCACUUCAUCCAGCUCUUCUGUUCCCGGGCCAGCCGAACGAUGUCGUCUCUCCGGCGUGUCCUGGGUCCAAUAAAUGCUCACACGGCACACUAGUAGAACAACUGCGUCUUUUUCCACUACUAGUGCCAUUUUUUUUAUGACUUAAACCACUGUGCUGCACUACAGUAGCAACGCUACUCGGCUCAAGUAGUAGGCAUGUGCCAUGCACUAGUAGCCUCCUAGUUGCCCACGAGUAGUUUUCCCUCACUAGUAACGUGGUCGUCCAACUAGUUUGCCAAAGUUGCCUUACUAGUGAGGAGAAAGAGCACUAGUGGUGGAAAAAACUUGAUUAGUAAGACACAUUGUUCUGCUAGUGCACUGAAUUGUUUUGUUACUAGUGAGGCCAAAGAGUUUACUAGUUCAUGGACAUGAAGAAUAUGGAGUAAAUGCUCAAAGGGGACGCUUGUUUUGUGGCCCGCUACACGCCUGACUGGAGGAGGAGAAAUGACCUUGGAGGUCAUUGAAGGAGCGCUGGGUUUGUGUCACAUCACGCGCCGGCGCGCUUGUCUCCGCUCAAGAGGAGUGCUUGGUUCUGGGGCAGUGGAGGAAGGAAAAAGCCGGGCGAGGAGGCUGGGUUUCGUACCAGCAGCACUUUCUAAUGGGGCGGGCGGUGCGCUCGUUUUGCUCCACAGCGGCGACAAGCUGAUGAGAAGUGCAACAAGCGCUCACUCAAGAAGGGAGCGCUUGAUUUGCGGCGCCGCACAGGCCAGCUGGGGCUUUGAAUUGGGUGCUUCCUCUCCUGGGAGCGCUUGCUUAUUCAUACCAGACCUGCCAGUCGGGAGGUGUGUCACACCGUAGCUACGUGCGUGUGUGCGUUUGUUUGUAUUGUUUCCUGUGUGUAUAUUUUUAUUUGUGUUUCAGAACAUGCGUGUGUUUGUGUGUGUUCGUGUGAAUGUAUUUGUCUGCGAGUGUGUGUGUGUUUUUGUGUAUUUGCGAGAGUAUUCGUGUGUCUCUGUGUGUGUGUUGCACACAGAUGUUUCCUGCUUGGACUUGGCCUCCAAGGCCCUUUUCCGAGGGGGCGCUUGUUUAGCUGUGCGACGCGUGCCACGCGGGAGGAGACAGACGUGCCGAUUGGAGGGCGUUCGCACACGACAUCACAUACAAGCGACGCGAGCGCGAACGUGAACGCCGAGGCGUCUUUUGCGGAAGCGCGUGAGGAGCGCGCGACGCUUCCGCACCCGAGCGUCGUCACGUGACCUGAGAACGCUAUUCAAGAUGGCUGCCGGCUAAAAAGUUUCUUACCCGCAAUGCAUCUUGAAAAGUAGUCAACCUCAAUGGCCGCUAGAAAAGCAAAUACUAUUUAUCCCAUUGUUAAUGAUGUCAAGACAGAUAAAUGUGUUUUUUUUUUUAGGAGCAAGCAACAAAUUCACGAGUUGUGUCGCAAAAAUAUCUGAAAUCGGAGUAGAGCAACACGUCACAACACGCGUGGACACAAAGUGGAAAGUUUGGAUUCAUUUUGUCAAAUACACUCGUCUUAAAACGUUAACAUUUCCACAAUCACAUUGGGAAUCAUUCCCUCGUUCCUGACGGAUUCCUUCAAUUUGUAGUGGACUUUUUUAUAGGGACUGUCUAGGUUCACUGUAUCAAAAGUGCUCAAUUGCGAAUAAGUCAAUGAUCGUAAAAGGCGCUCUUUCAUUGCAAAUGUCAAUCAAUAUGCGUGCGUGUUUUUUUUUGUUUGAAGUGGCACGGCAGGUCGGGACCGGCCCGCUUGCUCACUUUGCUCUCUGGCGUGUUCUUUUUUUUCGCGCUUGGCCGCAAACAAACACGAACAGAUAAACAAUCUUCGACUGUCUUUAGGACGGCAACGCUUAUUGUUUUAUCGCAUUGCGGUCCAGUCCAACAGCGGGCGCCAAAAACCUGACCUAACACCUGACUACACCCGCUCGUAUCCAGGAUCUCGUUCUUUGGGUCACGACCCGCAGCUCGUGACCAUAGGUGAGGGUAAGAACCUAGAUGGAUCGCCUUUCGGCUUAGCUCCUUCUUUACCACGACGGACCGAUACAAAGUCCGCAACGCUGCCGACGCCGCACCGACCCGCCUGUCGAUCUCCCGUUCCGUUCUUCCCUCACUCGUGAACAAGACCCCGAGAUACUUGAACUCCUCCGCUCGGAGGGGCAGGAUCUCAUCCCCGACCCGAAGAGGGCGCGCCACCCUUUUCCGACCGAGGACCACGGUCUCAGAUUCGGAGGUGCCACUCGGCCGCGAACCGCUCCGGUGAGAGUUGGAGGUCACGGCCCGAUGAAGCCUGCAAAAAGCAGAGAUGCAAUACCGAAGCGGACCCCCUCUUCUGUCCAUCAAAGUUCUGAACAGAAUGGGUGACAAAGGGACCGAACUCCGACUCCGGUCGUGCAGCUGAUGAAAUUUUCAUGACGACAGCACCUUUGGAAAUAUAUUGAAUGAGAAAAAUGGUGCCGCGUUAAAUGCUUAUUUCAGCCGCUGGAUAUGUUAGCUUAACACAUUUUAAUCAUGUGCAACCGAUGUACAUGUUCGAAUGAAGUUGAUUUUUUUUUUCAGUGUACGUUUCAAAAAACCUCAUACUUAGUAUCGUCCAGUUAGCUGAAUUGAUUGUGUUUAUUUAUUGAACCUUUAUUAGCCCAGGUAAAGCAAUUGAGAACAGAUUGCCAUUUGCGAGUCGAACGAACGCUAAUGCGAACAAACAAUACAAAGCGCCUUUGACAUGCUAAUGUCGCCCUUUUCGAAGCAACGGAUAUUCGAACGCAAAUGGUGGGGAAAAACACAAUACGCAUAUAUUAUUUAUCCUCUGCGAAGAACUGUGUUUGCUUAUAUCAUCAGUGUUGUGUUUUUGAACUCAGGGGCAGAAGGAGAUCUGACACUUUAGAUCAUAAGCACACUAAAAACAAACACAACAUUGUUCAUGUACACAACUGCAUAGUGUGUGUGCGUGCGUGCGUAUGUGUGUGUGUGUGUGUGUGCGUCAUGGGGAGAGUUAAGGCCCUGUUGCUAUAUUUAUCUGGAUGUUUUGCUGCAUUGAAUAACUCAGUUUGCUGUGAUUGUUCACGUUGUGCGUGCGUGCGUGUGUGUGUUGUUGUGAGUGUAGUAUUCACUGGAAAGUUGUAAUUGUCAUCUGGACGCUCGUCAGUUUCGAUGACGACUUGUUGCUUCCUGCUACCCGUCCUUGUUUUCGGUCUCAUAAAUGCUGCAUGAUGACAAACACACACGCACGCACUUAAACCAACACUCCCUGCCUUGUGUGUGUGUGUGUGUGUGUGUGUAUAAGACGUAGACGUGAUGAAUAUUUGAUGAGAGCUCAGCUUUCAUCGUCAAGGUUUUUCUCCUUGUUUGUUUGAGCAACAAAUCAACUUUUUAAACAGGAUUAGGAAAAAAAAAAGGCACCUGAAUGCAUCACGACUCUUAAAUUCUUAUGAAAUGACUCACUUUGUUGUGAUUGGCCAUGUUGGGUGUGUACGUGUAUACACGUGUGUGUGUGUGUGUGUGUUUGAUCAAAGAGUUGUAACAUUUGGUUGGCUUGAAGAGAGCAACACGAGAUGAAGAGUCAGCUCGUCUUCCUCCCGCUGACAAACCAUCUGUGCGUGCGUGCGUGCGUGCGUGGCAGAUGGCGACGCACACUCGUGUGCGUGUGUCGUGGGGACCCGCGCGAGACGCGGUGACCGCUUCAUCUUGAGAAUGUGACGCCGACUUGAAUGCGUGUGCGCACACACACACACACACGCACACACACGCUGAUCGGUGACCAUGUCGAAACACGCACAUGCAGUCGAAUGAGCUCUCCCUCAAUUUUAUUCAUCUGGAAUCUUCUUUCACACAGGGUACGGCGUAAUUAUGCUACAGCAACGACGUCAUUAGCAGCCUCUGACCGUUAAUGACGUCGUGCUCUGUCCCGAGUUGUUGAACACAUCUCGAUGCGAACGCCAUGAAAUAAAAGAUGGAAUUCCGACCUUUUGGCUCACAUUCAUGUUUUGAUCUGAAACACAAACAAACGUCAGACUUUUGAAUUUGGACACCCAUAAAUCUUUGUCAGCUAUAUCGGCCAUUUCCAUUUGGAGGUCAGCUCGAUUGACUCCUGGGAACGUGUUCAACCAGGACAGCUAGCAUGCUAACACGCAAACUCCACACAGGCGGGGCCGGGGUUUGAACCCAGGUCCUCAGAACUGUGAGGCAGAUGUGCCAAUCAGUCACCCACCGCCCCGCUUGAUCUAAUCUCAUCUAAUCUAAUCAAUCAAAUCAAACCUAAUGUUUAGAUGAGAUGUAAUGUUAAUCUAAUGUCAUUACUGUAAUGUUUGUAGGUGAGUGACAAUCGCAAACUUUGCAAAGAUUUCCCACGGUGAAGGUCUGAGUCCGUGUUCGGUGUUUUUGAAUCCACUUCCAUCCACUUGAGUCCUGCACAAGCGAGAGAAGCUGUUGUCCGAGUGUCACCGUCGGGCGUCUGAGCGGACUCGAAAAGAUGACAAACAUUCCAAACAGCGACGCUCUGUUCUGCGUCUCAAACAGCUUCCUGUUCAACGGGGAGGCGGCGCGCCCUCCGCACAACAACGCCAGUGUGCCGGUCGCCCGCCUUCCUCUUUGGCCCCCCCAGACGCAGGCUUAAUGUCGGGGCACGUAUGCACGGAAAAAGCGUUCAUUGCUUUCUUGGUCUUCAAUCAAGCUAAUAUGCUAACAUGCUUAGAGUUUUUGGGAACGCGCAAACAUGGACAACGUGCAAACUCCACACAGAGAUCGGAACUCGGAACCCGAAAAGCGGCACCUCCUCGUCGACCGGCCGGCCGGCCGAGCAAAGGCCCGAGUUCGUUUUGGGGGCCGAGCGCGAAACGUUUGAACUCCGACCCCCUGCGUCCCGCUACGUCGCCAUCUCGGGCGAGGUCACGCAGACGCCAUCCCGUGGAGCUGCCCGUCGCCCCCUGCCGGCCGCACGGCGACGUCAUCGCGUGACGCAGAGGAGAUGUGGUGGACUUCUACCAGCGGGAGUUCCUGGCGUUGAGGGAGCGCCUGCGCUCGGCCGAGCAGGAGAACCAGCGCCGCUCCAAAGAACUCAACCUGGUCCUGGACGAGAUCAAGCGGGCCAUCGCCGAGAAACAAGCUCUGCGGGACAUCAACAGAACCUGGAGCAGCCUCUCCGAGGAGACCAGGAUGAAGUUGUGGAACGUGAGCGCCAGCAAGAACUUCCUUCAGCUUCCUUCCGUCCUCCAUCAUCUCCCUCACCUCAUCAACAGAGAAGACAGCCUGCAGCCCGCCGUCCACGUGGGACAAGGACGCACCGGAGUUUCCAUAGUGAUGGGCGUUCCCAGCGUGAGGCGGGAGGUCCAUUCGUACUUGACGGACACGCUCAGCUCUCUCAUGUCGCAACUCAGCGCCGCCGAGAAAGACGACUGCGUCAUCGUUGUCCUCGUCGCAGAGGUCGGUCGCAGCGUGCGUGCGUGUGUGCGUGCGUGCGUGCGUGCGUGCUUUAUAAAGGCGGACCAUCAGUACGCCCUGAGUGUGGCCGACAACCUGAAGCUCCUGUGAGUGGUCUGCAUGAUGGGAUGUUGUUACCGUGGCAACACACUCCAUCACUUCCAUUCUGCUCUUCCAUCUCAGCUCGCUUCCCGUCCGAGAUCCGGUCUGGCCUGCUGGAGGUGGUCUCGCCGUCCGUCCACUUCUAUCCGGACUUCUCGCACCUCCGCGAAUCUUUUGGAGACCCCAAGGAGAGAGUCAGGUGGCGCACCAAGCAGAAUCUCGACUACUGCUUCCUCAUGAUGUACGCGCGCGCCAAAGGGACGUACUACGUGCAGCUGGAGGACGACAUCGUGGCGCGGCCCGCCUACUUGAGCACCAUGAAGAAGUUCGCCCUGCAGCAGCCUUCCGACGACUGGAUGAUUCUGGAAUUCUCGCAGCUCGGCUUCAUCGGUAAGAUGUUCAAGUCUUCGGACUUGUCCCUGAUCGUGGAGUUCAUGUUGAUGUUCUACAAGGACAAGCCCAUCGACUGGCUGCUGGAUCACAUCAUGUGGGUCAAAGUGUGCAACCCGGAGAAGGACGCGAAACACUGCGACCGGCAAAAAGCCAACCUGAGGAUCCGCUUCAAGCCGUCUCUCUUCCAACACGUGGGAACGCACUCGUCGCUGGCGGGGAAAAUACAGAAACUCAAGGACAAGGACUUCGGGAAGCAGACCCUCCACAAGGGCCACGCCAACCCGCCGGCCGAGGUCACCACCAGCCUGAAGACGUACCAGCACUUCACCCUGGAGAAGGCCUACCUCGGCGAGGACUUCUUCUGGGCCUUCACGCCGGCGGCGGGCGACUUCAUCCGAAUACGCUUCUUCACGCCCGUGCGCAUCGAGAGGUAUUUUUUCCGAAGCGGGAACAUCGAGCAUCCGGGAGACAAGCUGCUCAACACGUCCGUGGAGGUUCUCCCGUUCGAUAACAUUCAGGCGGACAAAGAAGCUUUGACGGACGGGAAGGACAAAAGCCAGAAAUACCAUCGCACAGAAGACGGAUUCAUCCGAAUUGGUAUGUUCCGGAAAGGCAUCGCAGAGGGGGAAGUGGAUCCCACAUUCGGUCCCUUGGAGGCCAUGCGCCUCACCGUCAUCACCGACUCUCCGGUUUGGAUCAUACUCACUAUUCAUCAAGAAAGCGGAGUGAUGAGUGCGUGAGGGUCUUGGGGUCUCUGGGACUUCCUUCCGGCUCAGUCAUGCUUCUCCACCUCCACGGUGCCACAGCGCCGCCGACUGGUCGCACUGUGCAACUGCAGGCAGAAAAUCAAAAAUGCUCAGACGCAUGACACAAGGUCACGUGGCAGGAAGCCGAGGUCAUGUCCAACGUUCUGACGCUUGAGUGGCGACGGAAAGGACCAACGUCUGAUGAUGAUCCUGAAGGUGCUGCUUUAGAGGCGGCGGUCUUCUUGGCCCGAAGCCACCCGGCCGCCACAAUCGAUCCUUUGCUGCAACCAGGUGACUUCCUGUGCGGCUCGCUGACGCUCAGACAGUCAAGCGGGCGUUCCUCUUCUGGCGGACACACGAUUCCCUCCGGAAGAGCGACGGAGCACGUGAGCUCACGACGACCUUCUCUGCUCCAGUCACGUGACGGGAAGAAAUGAUCACAUGACACCAACAUCGCACACAGCGUGUCAGAAGGACGCCGCGUUUGUUGUACACGACUUUGUACUCCAACAUGCUCCGAGUAUUACUUAGGAUCAAGAAUUACAACACCUUCGAGAGGUACUUUUCUGUACUUGACACUUUUCUACUUUUAUGUCACGUCCAUUUUUUUGUCAUAUCAAUAGCCGAUAAAAUUAUAAAUUAUUAAAAGACUCAUCGACAACA